CCCAAGGCCGAGGAUAGGAGCACGAUGCGCGAUGCCGCUUGCUCCUUCUCUCUUCGGACUCCAUCACUCCUUCUCUUCGUUCCAUCACUUUGACCGCUGCCGCCUCGCUCCUUCUCAGCUCACAGUCUCGUCGCUUCUCCGCACUGCCGCACGUCGCCGCCGCCGCCGCACGUCCAUCGCGGCGCCCUAUCACCCGGCAGCCAUGGCGCCGCCCGCGCCGCUGCCGGCGCUCAUCGCCGCCACGUACUCGUGGGACGUGCCGAGCACGCUGCAUCCGCCGUCAGACGUCGCUCUGGCCCGCGUGCGCUCCCUCUCGCUCGAGGCACACGCGCCCGCCGCCGUGCUGGCGUCGGCGCGCUAUCUGCACUCGCAGGUCUCGCGCGUGCCCCUCGUCGCCGGCUCGCAGGCGGCGCCGCGUGUGCGCAGCUGGCUCGGCGCACGCAGCUCGCUGAGCCUGCAGCAUCUCGCCAAGGCGCUCGACGCCGUCGGCGAGCGCAGCGGGCCGAGCUUCUCGCAGACGCUGCCGCCGCCGUACCGCCUGCUCUUCCUCGUCGCCGCCGCGCUGGGCCUCUGGUGGGCCAUCCUGGCGCUCCUGACGCGUCUGCCGCUCUCCAUCGUGCCGUCGUCGAACCCGCAGCCGCACGCCGUGCUGCAGCGCCGUGUCGGCUUCGCGGCUGUGCUCUGCGCCGCGUGGACGACGAUCGGCUGGGCCAGCUUUCGCACGUGGGUCGCGAUGCACGGCGAUCCGCGCGGCCGACACGCGCAGGUCAUCCAGGGCGUGUGCGUGCUGGGCGCGCUCGGCGCAUUGCUGUGGCCCGGCGACGUGCUGGCGCGUCCGAUGCGCGGCGGCUUUGGCCGGCAUCUACUGCGCAUCCUCUCGCCGCGCCUCACAGCCCCGCCGGCGUUCACCGACGUGCUGCUGGCCGACAUCCUCACCUCCUUCGCCAAGGUGCUCGGCGACGCCUGGCUCACGGCCUGCUUUCUCUGGCCGCGCAAGAACCACCAUGUGUGGUGGAACGGGCGCGGCAGCCUCAUGGUGCCGAUCCUCGCCUCCCUGCCAUACGCCAUCCGUCUGCGCCAAUGCUUGGCCGAGUACGUCUCGUCGCGCGGCACGCAGCCGGCCGGGCAUCCGGACCAGAACGGCUCGUCGGGCUACUCAUACGCCUCCAUCUCGGGCUACAAUCUGCGUGCCCAGUUCGCCGUGCGCCCCAUCCGCCCGCUGCUCAACGCCGCAAAGUACGCCAGCGCGUUCCCGGUGAUCUGGCUCAGCGCGAUCGAGGGCACCAGCAAGGGCGACGACAGUCCGGAGGGCAUCCCGGGCGUGUGGGCCAUGUGGCUGAUGGCCGUCUUUGUCAACUCGCUCUUCUCCUUCUGGUGGGACGUGACCAACGACUGGGGCCUCGAUCUCUUCCGCCCAGCCAAGUGGUUCACGCAGAGCCUGGCGCUGCCUUCGUCCUCGGGCACGCAGCCGCUGGCCGGCAAGGCGAGUCUGCACAAGCGCGGCCUCUCAAGCUUGCCCAUCGCAGCGCAGCAGCCGCCAGAGGAGGAGCUGCCGACGUCGAGCUCGAGCUCGAGCAUCAACUCCUCUCUGCGCGCACCGAGCAGCAGCGGCGGCAGCACGAAGCACUCGCGCUCGCCCUCCUUUCUGCGCGCCCCAAGCGUGCCGAUGCUCUUCUCGCCGGCCGUCUACCAUCUCGCCGUGGUGUUCGACCUGGCACUGCGCUUUGCAUGGUCGCUCAAGCUCAGCUCGCACCUCAGCCUGCUGACGGAGCUCGAGGCGGGCAUCUUUGCGCUCGAGGCGCUCGAAAUUGCGCGCCGCAUGGCGUGGUGCGUGCUGCGCAUCGAGUGGGAGCAUGUCAAGACUAGAGCUUGGGAGCGGGAAAUGAGGGGCGAGGGAGAGCAGGACUAGCGCACGAGCCUCGGCAAUUACAUAAUCGUCUGCUGGAG